AUUGUGGCCAAUGGCAAAGGGCGCUAUCUACAAACGGCUGCUAUUCCAGGAACUUCACCGUCAACUUUGCGGUGUGUCAGGACGUCUCAAUAAGUCGUUGUAAUCCCAUCUGAUCGUAAUGGAUUCCUCUCCAGUUCUUCGUGUGCAGAGUCAGAAUAAAAUUCAAACUGGCUUUCCGAGGACAAACGAUGAAAAUAAUAAAAUGACAGUAGACCCUAAGAAUUUCCAGCCUUUGCCAGUACUGCACCUUCCCAAGAAGGAUUCUGAGAACCAAGAUCCAGGAAGCUCAAAAAGGAGCAGACUUCCUGUGCUCAUCAAGACUCCACGACCUGCGGCAUCUAACUUCACUCAGUGGGAGGAAAAAGCUGGGAAAGCCAAGAAGAAAAAGCCAUGCACCAGGCCCGUGCCUUUCAUCACGUCUAAGCACAACAAAGCAGUUGUUGUGGCUUCACAGCCAACAACUGUUUUACAGUCAAGAAGCGGCGCUUGCGGCAUCCAGCUUGAAAACAAUGUCCGUGUAAAAACCCAAAACAAAGCUGCGAAACCCUCUAAAUGUUCAGCUGUGUUAAAAAGCGCAGUAGACUCAAACAAGGGGAAGCUCGCGUCUCAUGGAAUGGCUGGGGUUGCAUCAGGACAGCUCGGGCAUUCUGACACUUUUAAUACUAAAAAUGUCACACAUCAAAGCAGUACCUCUUCGUGCUUAUCUUCUUCAGUCAGUGUGGAUGUCUGUUUGGAUAGUAUGACCCAUCUCAGUCUCAAAGAUCCAACCAAGAUAUGCCACUCAAGCCAGAACAUGCAGAAUUACCUCUCAAACGACCCAUCUGGCAAAGCUGAGAAAUUCCAGCCCGAUCACACUGCUUUGCUAAGUAUUCUGCAUAAUGAGGGCGUGCGCGUGCAGCCAUCUGCAACUCCACAAUCUAAACCUUACCUAAACCUUCCCCAGCGAGUGUCUGUUGCAAAGAGUCAUCAAAAAGCUCCACCCGCCACAGUUAGGUCAGUGGCCUUCUCUCCUGACCCCAGUGCCCUGAGAAGCAUCCUACAGAACGAGGGGGUGAAGGCUGCAGGACCUAUGAGGGACACAUCUCAAAACUCAUCUGCUAGACACACUUCUAUCUACACAGCACAAAGAGUUCCAGUUAGAAAAAAUCAGACAGAGACUGAUAAGGGAGCAGUAACGGAGGCCGAGAACCUAUGGACACCACAGAGAAUUUGCAACACUAGACAACCUAUAUCUGCCAGGGCACAACUAGUUCCAGUGCGAAAAAAUCUGACAGAGACAGAAACUGAAAAACUAUGGACACCACAGAGAGUUCCCAACACCAGACAUCAGCCCAUGUCUGCCAAGAAGUUUCACACAACCAGCACUCCCAGGCUGAGGAGCUACGAAACCAAAUCCCUCCACCAGGAGGUCAGAGCAGGAAAGCAUGAGAUUGUCCAAAGAUUAUUUGUUGACCAAGAGGAUGGGCAAAACGCAGACAAAGAUGGCACCCAGGAAGAGCAACUCUCAGUUGAAGCCUCACCUAUUCAAACCCACUGUGAAGGAAAAGUAGAGAGCAACACAACCUGUGGUGAUGAGGAGGAGCAGCAGCAGAGAGAAAUUCAGCCUUUUAUACCAAUGCUGCCAAGAGAGUCAGUUAUUUUUUUUUCUACUGGUAAAAAAAUAAUCCGAACUGCACGUUUUGAGAAGCAUGAGAGCUCAGUCCAUCGGGAACGACAUGGUCCGGCUCCAUCAGAACUGGGAAAAGUGUGUGAGCCCAUUAAACAGAUCAACCCAGUCAAUCACGUUGUGCACAGAGACCACAAGGCUUGUGUGACAAACACAACAGUCGCAUUGCUGCGCAAGCGUCUUCCUCCCAUGGAGGAGCUACGUUUGGACGAGGAGGUUUCUUUCUACAUCUCUCCUUCAGUCUCGGAUGAUCCUGCAUCCCACCAUCUUCGACCCGGCUGCCGAAACCCGGUGGCGUACCUUUUGCACUUUGAAGAAUCUACUAGAUUUGUUCCACUGAGCUUUGAUGCUUCUCCAUACUGCUUGUCACUUCAAUACAAGUGAAUAGUGCCAGCAUACAGUGUUAUUUUUUGAAGUUACACGAGAGCCCCCAGAACCACACACCUCCCCCUUGGUUGUCUUAAAGUGACUAAUUUAUGUCUUUAAUUUUGGCACACUAAUAAAGAUCCCAGAACCACAAAAGUCUGAAUUCUGGACUUCCCUACUGAGACUGCUGCUACCACAAUCCGGACGCGGAUAAGCGGAAGAAAAUGGAUGGAUGGAUGGAAUAAAGUGCCCCAAAAUGUUGUACUCUUUGUACAUGCAUCCUUCAAAACUUUAACUGCCUUUUGUAAAUAUCCAUCCAUCCAUCUUCUAUGCCACUUAUCCUCACUAAGGUUGCAGGGGUACUGUAUGCUAGAGCCUAUCCCAGCUGAAUUCAGGCGGGGUACACCCUGAACUGAUCGCCAGUCAAUAGUAAGGCACAUAGAGAAACAACCAUUCACACUCACAUUCACAUUGAUGGCAUUUAGAGUCACCAAUUAACCUUACAUGCAUGUUUUUGUGAUGUGGGAGGAAAGUGGAGUACCCGAAGAAAACCCACGCGCACACGGGGAGGACAUGCCAACUCCACACAGAGGCUUUUUGUAAAUAUGAAAUAUUUAAUAUUUAGUAGGUCAGUAUCUUGGUCAGUGAAGCACCCAUAUGCGGGUGAAGUGAAGCAACAGCAGUGACUUGGAUGGAAGAAACGAGAAUUCUCUGGUUGCUGGACGAUCACUCUACCUCCUGAUCCUGUUUGUAUGUUGAUUUCUCAGUCUUGGAAAUGAAUGUGUGUUGUCUCACCAUGCAUCAUGUCAUUUUGGAACCUUUAACAGUAGUAGCUGACCCAAUAUUACAGUGAAAUGAAGAAUGAUACAUUCUUUGCUAUUCCGGCGUUAUGUGUUUUAGUUUUCUUCUGUCCAGUGCAGGU